AAUAUGGUAACCAAUGCUACUUUCAUUUAUAUUACUUUACAUUUAUGGCAUUUGGCAGACGCCCUUAUGCAGAGUGACUUACAUUUAUCUCAUUUAUACAUCUGAGUAGUUGAGGGUUAAGGGCCUUGCUCAAGGACCCAACUGUGGCAGCACUGGAGUUUGAAUUCGUGACGUUCUGAUCAGUAGCUCAAUGUCUUAACCACUGAGCUACCACUGCUACCCUCCGACUUACCUCGGAAGUCGGUACUUCAACAAUCCAAGCCAACAAAAAGUGGGAACAAACCAUGGAUGCCCCCAUGUUUGUCUUUUGUUAGCAACAUACUAGCCAGAUAACUGUAACAUAUGAUGUAUAUUUACCUCCUAAAAACAGGGAACUGUAGAGUUGGUGUUAUAGAUUUUAAAUGUGAAUAUGCCUGUAGGUUGGCUGAUCUAAAGUCUAACUACUAUAACUCAUUUAAAGGUAUGACUGAUCUACUACUACUGAUCUGAUUGUAUAUUUGCAUUUACAAUUAUGUCAUUUUUUAUACAACUGAGCAAUUGAGGAUUAAGGGCCUUGCUCAAGGGCCCAGCAAUGGCAGCUUGGCAGUGCUGGGAUUUGACCUCAUGACCAGAAGUCCAAUGUCCUAAUCACUGAGCUACCACUUCCAUAUAUACAGUAGUGGCUCACGGUUAAGGCUCUGGGUUAUUGAUUUGUUUCUACAGCAGAGUAACAGUCUAAAUAAUAUUUUCCUUUCACAGUCAAACCAAUCACUCCAUAUAAUGUGACAGUGCAGUAUGAAAAUGGGAACUAUACCUUUGCAUGGAGUAGUGGAUAUGAGAAACACAGCUAUGUUUCAGUCUUGCCUUUUCAGUACAUUUUGAGAUACCACCAAGUGGGACAAUCUACAAAGAAGGACCUGCAUAUGACAGAAACCGUGUACAGGAUCUCAGAGACUCUUUUUGAUCCAGGGACUGAAUACAUCGCUAGGGUUUAUAAUAAAAUUAUUCCAAAUGAUAAUUAUCAUGGGACAAUGAGUCACGGGAGCGCUGAGAUCAGAUGGAACACCCCACAAGCAGCAACAACUAUGCAGGGAAUCAUGGUUCUGAUUUGUUCGGCAGUAGGACUAGUGUCUCUCUUGUUAUUCCCUGUUGCAAGAAUGAAGAUUAAAAAGAUCGCGUGGGUAAAACCUCCAGCUCCAUCCAUCUCGCCACUGAACCAAACAGCUCAGGGCAGUUUACAGUUUUCGCUGUCCAAAUCUCAUGUGCAUCAGAUUUACAGUGAGGAAAUUUCAACAAUCGACAUGAUAAUAGAGAUCACAGCCAGACAGCAGCUUCAAGAACAUUCCUCAGUCAUUUAUUCCCAAUGUCACACGCCUUACGUGGGUCCUUUAAUGGAAGUCUGGGCGCCCUGCCUGACGCCCGACUCGCGCAACACUGCUAACAAUCCUUGUAACGAUCCUGAUUUCCUGCCUGACGACGGUGAUGUUGAAGAAACUCUUCUUUGCUUGAGCACGCCCACAGGUGUUGAAGGUGGUUUUGUGUCUUUGGAUGACCUGGAGCCCAGCCUUGAGAUCCGCAAGGACUCGGAAACGUUCACUAAUACACUGAACCCUGCGUGUUUCUCUCAGAAUUAUUGCACUUUAACCAACACAGCUGUUGGACUUAUUCCUACAUUUUGCACAGUGCAGUGUGUUCCUAAUCUCGGUUUAGAGCUAAACGGUCAUACUUCACCUGAUCUGUUCAAUAUGCAGAUAGAGGAGAGUACACCAGAAUUGGACACAGUGACUCUUGACAAUUUGCAGCUGUCUGUGGAUGAAUGACUAUAUACUGUACAUGCAAUAUGACCUGAAUGAAAUGCAACUUUCUGUAAAUACUGCAUUCUCUUAUUCUUCUUCAGUUUACGGCAUAUUCUUAAGAGUUUCAGCGGAUCACAGCCUUGUGCCAUCUGUUGUGCCAUGGUUCUGUGUUUGUCUUUCAGUACGUUCGACUUUAUACAAGGGAAUGUGCUGCCCUCUGCUGCCUGACCAUAUUUUUGUGGCAGGAUCCCUCAGUUUUCAGCACAGAUUUAAUUCAUGGAUGCCAUCCGACUAAGGUAUUACGCAAACGUGUACUUAUCUAGAACCCUUAGGACUUCUAUGGUUCAUACAGUUGUGCCCAAAAGUUUGCGUACCCCUUGCAGAAUCUGCUCAAUCUUAACACUGCUAACAAAAUAAGAGGAUCAUAAAAAUCCCAUAUUGUUUUUUAUUUAGUUCUGUCCUGAAUAAGCUAUUUCACAUGUUUACAUCUAAUGCACAAGACAAGAUUACAGCUGAAUUUACACAAAUGAACUAGUUGAAAAGUUUACACACGCUUGAAUCUUAAUACAGUGUGUUGUUACUUGGAUGGGCACAACUGUAUCUCUAAGCAAACCCCUAAUUACUAUAUGUAGAUCCCUACAAAGUGUUUGCCUAUAAGAGAACCUUCUGAAUAGACCUUCUGGGAAGCUUAACCAUCCAAAGAACCUUUAGAGGACCAUUUUUUAUUUCUUUAUUGAUGCCAAUAAGAGUCAAAGACCAUGUCACAAUGUAGAGCCAAAAAAAAUUAUAUAAAAAAGGUGUACUAUAAUACUUCUCAGUCCCCUGUGUGUCUCUUCAUCACGCUGUGAGUACCGCGGGUCGAAGGUAGAAGUGAGACUGUUGCAUGUACAUAUUUUUCUCAGCUUUUCCUAGGCCUGACUGACCUGCGUGGUCAUUUCUGUGUAACUGUGGCUCUAGAGCAGAACGCACAGACCUGCAGACACUUGAUGAAGAAAAAUAUAUUAUUUUAGGUUCCACAGAUAUUACUGCAUUAUCAUGUGGAAAUAAAAAUGGCUGAGUAGCACAUAGUAACGUAACAUAUAGUAAUGUGUUACUAUGAAAAAAUAAUAAAAAAUAUCACUUCAUAUUUUUGGGGGGCAUUUUCCUUUAUGAAUGUAAUGUUUUUUGUUUUUGUUUUUUUAAAU